CCCAGACAGGAGAGACUGGAGUUCUGAUUUAGGGUUUAAGGAGGGCUUUUGCUCUUUCUCUUGCUGAGCCAAAAUGCGGAGGACGUUUACAUCACUGGCUCGAUCUCUCCCGCCAGCGCGAGGGUUUUGUACAUCGACCUCAGAAAAGAUCGUCGCUUCAGUGCUCUUCGAGAGGCUUCCGGUUGUUAUUCCUAAAAUCGAUCCCGUUGUCUACGCAUUCCAGGAAUUUUCGUUUCGUUGGCGACAGCAAUAUCGCAGAAAAUAUCCAGAUGAGAUCUUUAAAAGAUCCGAAGAGAGGGGAAAAGGUGACUACCAAAUUGAUUAUGUGCCAGCUCCUCGAGUCACUGAAGCGGACGAAAACAAUGAUAGAAGGUCGCUACAAAGAGCACUUGAUAGAAGACUCUAUCUUCUUCUCUUCGGUACCACAUAUGGAGCUCCAGAUGGGAAACCUGUCUGGCAUUUUCCAGAAAAAGUUUAUGGAUCUGAAGAGACAUUGCGCAAGUGUGCAGAAUCUGCUUUAGAAUCGGUCAUUGGAGACCUUUCCCACACAUAUUUUGUUGGAAAUGCUCCUUUUGCCCAUAUGGUUAUACAGCCAACAGAAAAUGUGCCUGACCUUCCGUCUUUCAAGCGAUUCUUCUUUAAGUCUCAAGUAAUUGCAACCAACAAGUAUAAUGUCGGGAAGUGCAAGGAUCAUGUUUGGGUGACCAAGGAUGAACUGGUGGAAUAUUUUCCAGAGCAAGCUGAAUUUCUUAACAAGAUGAUCAUCGGCUGAUGUUAUCAUCCUCUUGCAAAUCCAAGCGACUGACUUCUUUAGAUCAUUUUUAUGACUAAUAUGUAUCAGUGGACGGAUAUAUAUAUCAACUGUCUAAAUGAAAGAUUUUAAGGCGACCCUAGCCAAUCAGACUGCAGCAUGCCAACUUGAAGUUUGCUCAGCUGGAAAGAGAUUCAGCGGUUCCAGUUUUGGAUUAUUCUGUCAAGAAAUUCUUUUGUUAUCUUUUAAGUUUCCCCUUUUUCCCCCUCCUGCAAUAAGGGAAUGUUCAUAAGAUUCCUCAUUCAUAGUGAAAGUACUUUCAGAUGAGGCCAAGCCCAUGGCCUCAGGCGAAGUGACCCUCUGAAUCCUUUUGAGGGGAUAAUAAUUCCUUUCUUUUGCUUAUAUGCCUGUCUGAUGCUACGUUAUUUUCAUCAAUAGAUUCUCAUGGAAUAGCCUUUUUCUGAUA